UUUUCUCGUUUGUUACGUGAAGCCGUGAAAGCCUGGUUGUGUAAUUUCAGUGUUUUGUGUUGGACAUUUAGGCGUCAGAGACAUUGCUACGGCAGAAGAAGAAGAAGGCCAUUCAGAGGUCUCUCUGCGUCAUAACGAAGAGGGUUGACAUGUUGUCUGCUGUUAUUGCAAAAAGACUGGUGACAGGUUUGUGCCAGGGAGCAUGGAGACCAGCAGUGACAGGGCUGGUAUCAUCUCGUAGUUACCGCGGAGAGGCACCAGAGGAUACCAGGGGUGACCUUAUUGAGAUCCCUUUGCCCCCUUGGGAGGAGAAGCCCGGUGAGCCCACUGACAUCAAGAGGCGCCGUCUACUGUACGAGAGUCGCAAGAGGGGCAUGUUGGAGAACUGCAUUUUACUCAGCCUUUUUGCAAAGCGAUACCUGAACACAAUGAGUGAGAGCCAGCUGCUACAAUACGACAGACUGAUCAAUGAACCGAGCAAUGACUGGGACAUUUACUACUGGGCAACAGAAGCUCAGCCCACCCCUGAGGUUUACCAGGGAGAGGUCAUGGAUAUGCUGAAGGAGUUCACAAAGAAUCGCGACCAGGAACAGAGGUUAGACGCACCCAACUUGGAGUACCUGGACAAGGAAAGUCAAUGAGGUCGAUGGACCUCUGGACCUUCUCAGAGGCUCAUUUUAGGUGGGACAAUGUGUGAAAUACAAGGGUCAUAACCCUCCAGGAAAAUCCUACAUACGACAUACUGUCUCCAAAACAGUCUCAGUCCAAUGUUUAAGGGAGAAGAAUCUGAGAAGCUAAGAGAAGACUGACCAACAUUAAUGCAACACAGUAUGAAGCUGUUCUGAAUAUUUUGCCUUCAUUGUAUUGUAAAUUUGUGAUUAAAGAAUGUAUUUAACUGCUCAGUUUGUGAGGUGCAAACUGAACAAGCCAACUUUGAAAAACAUACAAGCUAAUUAUCUGUGUGAAUACCAAAAACUGUAUCCACUCACUCCCACCCACUAAGCCAAGCUUGUUUAAUAUUCAUGGUUUUCUUCUGUUCUAUGAUUUUACUGUGCCUAUAUUACAUAUUGGGUUAUUUAAUAAAUCAUGGUGUGCACUGUUA